AUGGGAUAUCCGGCAAAUAACAUGUCUAGCGUACCAGCAUCUGCCGCCUUCGGCCUCCAGGGCCCUUACUUUGGAUAUGAUGCCACUGCGAGCGGGUAUUUCAAUCAGCCUGCGCCGCCCCAUCAGCCAAUGUCUGUUAGCAGCAUCCUCGACACCAAUUUGCCUGAAUCUGCGCUCUCAGAAGAAAAACGCCAGCAGAUUCUCGACCUUAUCGAGAAUCGCUUUAACGAGAGCAGCCACGCACCUGUCAAAAAGCAGAAGGAGGAGUUUUUAGAGGGGAAUAAAGAUGACGAUACGCACGUGCUCAGCCUGCACAUGAUGCAAACCUAUAUCGGCUCCUACUGGGUCCACUUUCACACACAGCUGCCAAUCCUGCACCGGCCGACAUUCAGCGCUGCAAACUGCCCGCCGCUAUUGCUGGUCGCAAUGAUGUCCUUGGGCGCGUCCUGCCUGGAAAAGAGCUUCGGGCAGGAGUUGACGACUACAUGUGCAGAACUUGCCAAUUUUCUUGCAUGGCACUUGCGAUGGGAAAUUUUCAUGGAUGCCGAUUUUAGGCCUCCAGCAAAGUUAUGGGUGUUCCAGGCGCUUAUUCUUCUCGAAUGUUUCGAGAAGAUGUAUUCUACGCGUCCGCUGCACGAGCGCGCGCACAUACACCACGCUACCACCCUCACGCUCAUGCGAAGAGGUAGUUCGCUGAUCGGCAGGUCGGCGCUGGACUCUCCGCCGAGCGUCAAGGACGGUCGCAAUGGAUCUGUCUCAUCUACGGCAAAUGCGCAAGAGGAAUGGUGGCAGCAUUGGAUAUCUAACGAAGCUACACGACGAGCCGCGUUUGCAGCGUUUGUCAUCGACUCGAUACAUGCAACCAUGUUUGGCCACUCGGCAGUUAUGGUCGCACAUGAGAUGCGACUGCCGCUGCCGUGUGACGAGGCGCUCUGGUCAGCCACGAGCGCCCAGGAGGUUGGUCGAGUCGAGGCGAGCCUGGCCAGCAAUGGUGUCAAACCGACGACGUUCCUCGACGGCCUCAAGAAGACGUUGAGCGGAUCUGCUGUACGCACCAAUUCAUUCGGCCGGACGAUCCUUAUGGCCGGCCUCCUCAGUGUCAGCUGGCACAUGAACCAGCGCGAUCUCCAAGUGAGCUCACUUGGGGCAUCUUCGGCUUUGGGUGGGCGAGACAAGUGGCGCGGGAGCCUCACGCGCGCUUUUGACUUUUGGAAGCAGGAUUUCGAUGCGUCGCUGUCUAAGAACGGCGAGUUGACAAACUCGACGGCCUUUGCCUAUAGCAACGGUCUUGUCGAUGACAACGUAUUCGAAUCCAGGACCGUGCUGCAUCACCUGGCGCACAUGGCUAUGCAUGUCGAUAUUGUCGACUGCCAAAUAUAUGCGGGCGCCAAUCGCUUACUCGGCCGCAGUAUUACACCACAGGAUUACGCAGGUGCACAGCGUCGGAUGAAAGAGUCAUGGGCCCCAACGGCACGCGCGCGCGAUGCCACGUUCUACGCUCUCCGCUUCCUCUCCCAAGUUCUGCUCCCACAUGAAAAUGGUAACGGUGGAAUUCGGGCUGGAGCGGCGACUGGCCAAGGCCCACAGAGCGCGGAGCAAGCUGCAGGGUUCACGUAUUCGGCCCGCGACGACUCCCUGCUCAAUCGACCUUGGGUUCUUUAUUUUGCACUGCUCAUCGUCUGGUCGUACGGAUUCGCUCUCGACGGACCCAUUGACCCGGUUUACCAGCUGGACAGCCGUGAGGACAUGGUCCGAGAUAUGCAAGGCUUCUUGCGUAGAGUCGGUGGAGUGCGGGCGCCCGACGCUCUGGUGAAGAUUCAGGACAGGAACGCGUGCCUGGGCAUGCUCAUACUUCUCCGUGACAAUUUCAGAAAGACGAGGUGGGAGCUUCUUCACGAAGCGAGCAAUCUGCUGCAGAAGUGCAUCGCGAUGUUGGCGCCGGGGUGCACUUAUUGA